CUCUUGUCUCCCGUGACGCGCAUCCUGCAACUCCUUCGCUCGCGGAGACGCCAGGCGAGGCCGCCCCUGACAACACAGAGCCGCCCCUGUCUACCGUUAGCAGCGAGUCGGCAGCCGUUAAGGAGCACGGCCCUUUGUUUCAGCAGCCAGCUUGAGCCUCCCGGUGAAACCCCUCGAGCUGCGUGCGCGUCCUUCACCAUGGCGGCGAGCGCGAAACGAAAACAGGAGGAGAAGCACCUGAAGAUGCUGAGGGAAAUGACGAGUUUGCCUCCCAACAGAAAGUGCUUCGACUGCGACCAGCGCGGCCCGACCUAUGCCAACAUGACUGUGGGUUCCUUCGUGUGCACCUCCUGCUCUGGCAUCUUACGAGGACUGAAUCCACCCCAUAGAGUUAAGUCUAUCUCCAUGACAACGUUCACGCAACAGGAAAUCGAGUACUUACAGAAACAUGGCAAUGAGGCAUGUAAACAGAUCUGGCUCGGCCUUUUUGACGACAGAACCUCGUCAGUCCCAGACUUCAGAGAACCACAGAAAGUCAAGGAGUUCCUUCAAGAAAAAUACGAGAAAAAGAGAUGGUACGUACCUCCUGAACAAGCCAAGGUUGUGGCGUCGGUCCAUGCUUCCAUCUCUGGUUCCUCAAACAGCAGCACCAACAGCACCCCCGAGGUUCGGCCGCUUAAAUCUCUGCUGGGGGAGUCGGCCCCCGCUCUGCACCUGACUAAGAACACCCCACCUAAUCAGUCUCCAGUGGUGGGCCGUGUACAACACCAUCAACAGCAGUUCCUUGAAAAGAAGUUUGACCUCCUCAGUGACUUGGGCGGAGACAUCUUUGCAGCACCAGCCAGCGUGAACACAGCCGCCAGCUCCGGCUUUGCUAACUUCGCACAUUUCAACAGCCAGACAACUCCAGCAGCACAGAAUGUCAGCGCAGGUGCCGGAUUUGCUAAUUUUGAUGCGUUUGGGAGCACCCCCGCACCCCAAGCCUCAUUUCAGCCUCCGACCACAGCGUUCUCUGUGCUCUCAUCCAGCCGCAGCGUGGGUGAGUUCACCGCUGCUCUGCGUCUCCAGAGUUCAAACAGUAGCGCCUCAGGGGGACUAGCAAAUGCCAGUUUUGCAAAUUUUGACAGCUUCCCCAAAUCGUGUAGUGCUGACUUUGGAGCCUUCAGUUCGUCCUCCCAGAGUAACUCCACAGGAGCCGGUAAAGACGUUGUACAGAGUACUAACGGUGCCGCCGAUAGAUACGCAGCCCUGGCUGACCUGGAUAACGUGUUUAGCUCUGCCAAAACAGAGCAAGGAGGCGGUAUUCCUGGAGGCGUGAGCUCUGCCGCCGCGGCCUCGGCAGGAGUUGCUGCUUUGCCUCAGAAGCAGCCGGCAGGUCUCACUGGGGGGGACCGCUACGCUGCCCUUGCAGAGCUCGAUACUGUCUUCAGCCCCUCAGCACCUGCCACCAGUGUUUACAACACCUCUAGCACUUCCCAAGGUGGUGUGUUUGGCUCAGAGACGGUGGCCUCAGCACAAGCACAACAAGCGAUGCCCAGCAUGCCCCACGGUUUUGGAGGACCAUCAACUAAUCCGUUCGUAGCUGCCGGUGUCGCCCCUGCAGCUGCUCCCACCAACCCGUUCCAGUGCAACGGCGGAGCAGCCAACGUGGCAGCUGCAGCAGGCUUGAUGAGUGUCCUUCAUUGGCAGGGUUAUACCCCCACCUUUGCACCCUUUGGCACAGGCUCCAUGAGUAUGCCGGCAGGAUUUGGAAAUGCUGCCGCCUUCAGUCUCCCCACCAGCUUCAGUGGAACAUUCCAGCAACCCUUCCCUGGCCAGCCCCCCUUCACCCAGCCUCCUGCGUUUCCUCAACAGCCCAACGGUGGAGGAUUCCCUGCCUUUGGCCAGACAAAGCCAGUCGUGACUCCCUUUGGGCAACCGAUGGCAAUGCCAAUGGUCCCUAGCAACCCCUUUCUGGGUGGAGCUCCGCCUGCUCAGUACCCUGCAGGAGGCUCGUCGACUAACCCCUUCUUAUAGCGAUCCAUCCCGUCUGCUGCACUACAGGGUCAACAACUGGCGCGCUUGCACCUAUUGCACUGUUCCGUUUCACCAGUAGCUUUAAAAACACAAUGUUUGUAAAGAAUCUGUAUUUCCUAUCGCAGUUUGUCACAAAUUAAACGAUGUGCGAGACGACGGCGCUGACGCCGUCUGCGAAUACAACGCAAGGAAGAGGGGCGUUUGCCGAGGGAGAGGUUGAUCCUCUCUCCGCUGUUUAACCUGUGAACUGGCCUGAGCCACAAUGUAUAAUCAAACUGGCUGAAAAACUAAGUUAUUGCAUACAGUAUAUCAUUCAUUAUGCUGCAUUUCUGUACAUAUGUUUGUUUUUUUCUCUCCUUUAGGACGUUAGCUCUUUGUGCAUAUCAGUAUUUGUAUAACAUACGAUUUGUUAAGACAGGGCUGUUGCUUGGGUACUGCCAGUUUCUGUAUUUGUAAAGAUCUAAACUGUUUGUGCUGAAUCUUUUCGGGUAAAGUCUUCUAAGGGAAACCUUCGGUUGUUGAAAACUGAAGUAAAGCGAAUGCCGCAUCGGAGCGAUGGCCACGCUGUUCUGCCGCCUCCCUCCCUCCCUCCCCGCUGACGGACACCCUGGUCCCAACAUUUGUGAAUGACUGAACCACACACCCACGCGGCGAAGCAGACUGACCGACGGACUGAAAAACCACUUUCAUGGGGAAAAUAAAGAAUUUUAAGUUAAUGUGUAAAUAUAUACAGAAUAUAUAUUAAAAUGAAUUUUAAGUAAGACCAAA